GUCCGAGGGUCAUUCUUCCCUGAGUCCAGCGAGUCCCACCCGUUUCUCACUCGAGUCGCUCGCGCACGCAGGUGGGUCUCGUCUCGUUCCUUCUUCCCACAUUCCGCGGAGGAACGGCGGGGCCAGAUCAAAGCCACCCGCCACGGCACGUACUGCGCUAGUCCCGCCCCGCCCCGCUGCACUCCACGCUCCGCCGCCGCCACUCGCCGCUGCAGUGCGAGGAGGAGGAGAUGAAGCCCAAGAGCCUCCCGUUCAUCGCCUUCGAGCACAAGCGGGACGCCUAUGGCUUCGCUGUACGACCCCAACAUUUGCAGCGUUACAAGGAGUAUGCAGGCAUCUACAAGGAGGAGGAAGAGGAGAGGUCGGAUAGAUGGAAGCAUUUUCUGGAGAGGCAAGACGUGCCAUCCGGACACAGCGUGAAUGUUGAACUGUCUGUGGACGAAGCUGAAGCUGUAGUUUGUGUUGAACAGAAUGUGGAGACUGGCAGUUCCGAAUUGUUGCAUGAGAAGAGCACGCAAGAGAAGAGCGAAUCAUGGAAGCCAAUUCGGCCAUCACUGGGCAACAUCGAGCAGAUGAUGGGUCUGCGUGUUGACAAGAAGCAUUCAUCUGCUGGCAGGUUGCAGCCAAAGGAAUCCACCCAUCUUGUGACAGUCGAAGAGGGCAAGGUGUCAGGGGACUCAGAUGAUGAGUUCUAUGAUGCAGAUAAGGUUGACCCUAGCCAAGAAAUGCAGUCAGGUGAUAGUGGGAAUGCUGAAAUUGGCAACACGGGUCAAGAAGAUAAGUAUUCUUUGAAGGAAGAGUUGGAGUGUCUUGUCCAUGGUGGACUGCCGAUGGCUUUGAGAGGAGAGCUAUGGCAAGCUUUUGUUGGUGUCGAAGCUCGUAGAGUAAACGGGUAUUAUGAUAGUUUGCUUGUGACCGAAGGUGAACUAGAAGAUGGACGUUUAGAUUCUUCGACCUCAGAAGGCGUCGAUGAAAAACUUUCGGCAUUUUCCUCUGAAAAGUGGAAGGGGCAAAUAGAGAAGGACUUGCCUAGAACUUUUCCAGGUCACCCUUCUUUAGAUGAGGAUGGAAGAAAUGCCUUGAGACGCUUACUUUUAGCUUAUGCUAGACACAAUCCAACAGUUGGUUACUGUCAGGCAAUGAACUUCUUUGCUGGUCUCUUGCUUCUAUUGAUGCCAGAAGAAAAUGCAUUUUGGACAUUAGUAGGAAUUAUUGAUGACUACUUUGACGGGUAUUUUUCUGAAGAAAUGAUUGAGUCACAGGUGGAUCAGCUUGUCUUAGAGGAGCUAGUCCAAGAGAAAUUCCCGAAAUUAGCAAAUCACUUGAACUACCUCGGCCUUGAAGUUACAUGGGCUACUGGACCAUGGUUUCUAUCCAUAUUCGCCAACGUGCUUCCCUGGGAGAGCGUUCUCCGUGUUUGGGACGUGCUUCUGUUCGAUGGGAAUCGUGUGAUGCUAUUCCGGACAGCUCUUGCACUACUGGAAUUUUAUGGCCCUGCACUUGUCACUACAAAAGAUGCUGGCGAUGCGGUUACCCUUUUGCAGUCUUUAGCUGGUUCAACUUUUGACAGCAGCCAGCUUGUCUUGACAGCUCGCAUGGGGUAUCAGUCUGUAAAUGAAGCAAGAUUGCAAGAUCUGAGGAACAAACACCGGCCAUCUGUUAUAUCUUCAAUGGAAGAAAGGGCGAAAGGUCUAGGUGUCUGCAAGGACAGCGGUCUUGCAUCAAAGCUAUAUAAUUUCAAACGUGAACCUGAGCCACUGGUAUCAAUAAGUAAUUCCCUGGACCAAAUGAGUGAUGUCACAGACGGGGAUGUCAACAAUGAGAGUGGUUCUGGAGAUAUGGAUGAUAUGUAUGGUGGUCUGACAGUCAAUUCUGAGAUUGAUUCUUUGCCAGAUCCAAAGGACCAGGUCAUCUGGCUGAAGGUUGAGUUAUGCCGAUUGCUAGAGGAGAGAAGAUCAGCUGUUCUCAGAGCUGAUGAACUAGAGACAGCAUUGAUGGAAAUGGUUAAGCAAGAUAAUAGGCGCCAAUUAAGUGCAAAGGCUGAGCAGUUGGAACACGAAUUAUCUGAACUAAGGCAGACUCUCUCAGACAAGCAGGAACAGGAGCAAGCAAUGUUUCAGGUACUGAUGCGUGUGGAACAAGAACUGAAGUUUGCAGAAGAAGCACGCAUCUCUGCUGAGCAGGAUGCUGCUGCUCAGCGAUACGCCGCAAAUGUGCUGCAGGAGAAGUAUGAGGAAUCUAUGGCUUCACUUGCCCAAAUGGAGAACAGAGCUGUAAUGGCAGAAACAAUGUUGGAGGCCACGCUGCAGUACCAAUCUAGCCAGCAGAAAGCGCUUUCCCCUUUGCCUUCUCCAAGAACGUCUGUGCAGGAUGAUUCAGUGCAGGAGUUCCAGCCCAGAAGAAUAAACCUGCUUGGACCAUUUUCACUGAGUUGGCGUGAUAAAAACAAGGGAAAACAGAACAAUGCUGAUGACUGCAUGGACGCCAAGCUUACAGACACUCUUGAUCAAUGGGAAGAAACACCGAACACGGAUGAUGCGAAACAGGGAGAAACACCAAAACUGGAUGGUGAAUGGACAGUAGAAUUACCCAAAGGAGAUGACGAGCUGAUGGCAGAGACACCAAAGAAUGACAGCGAGCUGUCAAGAGUCCAUAUAGUCACGAAUGUUAUGAAUGGGCAGCAUGAACAGUUGCAAGAAAUAAAUUUGGAUUGAUAAUUACAAGAUCAUCCUUUGCCAUAUAUCUUCACACUGGUAUACGUUGCCGUCGAGGUAACACUGGAUGCCUUCAAGUUUUGAACAGUCAUGUAUUCAUGUGUCGCUGUACUUAUAUUUUUUUACCCAUCCUUUCUGUUUCUUCUUUGCCUUUUAGAGUUUAUUUUCUUUUUCCAUUACAACUUUUGUAGGUCUAUACUCUAUAGGUCUCGAAAUUCUGUCCAUUGUAAUAUGAGAAGAGAAAAUGGCAAGUUAUAUGGCUGUCCAUUAGUCGUUGUCUUAUGAAAUUGCAUUCCUUCUGAUGAAA